GUCUCUAACCCACACGCGUGGUUGAGAGGCUUAAUCAGGUACAUUUCAUCAACGCGUCUAUUCUCGGUGAUGACAUGUACCUAUUUCUGUCUGGUAGUGACGGGCUGUUACGUGUUGCCUUUGUCAAGCACACUGAUUGGCACCGGCGAGGAUGGCGUGCGAUGCUGCAGUACGGGAGGUGUUCUCUCUUUAUGAACAGUACGGCAAGAGUUCGUACAUCGGGGAGAAGGUGACCCAAGAGCAGCACGCCCUUCAGGCCGCCCACCUGGCGCAGAAAGAGGGUUUCCCGGCACAGGUGGUGCUGGGGGCGCUGCUGCAUGACGUGGGUCACUUGGUGGGACUGAGGGGACGGUCACGCCCUAUGGUGACGGACGGCUUGGUGUUGGGGACGCCACGCCACGAAGUUGUUGGAGAGGAGUAUCUGAAAGGCCUCGGCUUCCCGGAGGAGGUAACCAUCUUCGUCAGGAACCACGUGGAGGCGAAAAGGUAUCUGGUGGCCACCGACCCUAAAUAUUACGAAGGUCUCAGUGAAGCCAGCCGCCACACGCUCACCCAUCAGGGAGGACCAAUGAAAGAGGAAGAGGUGCUCAGCUUCAAGACAAACCCCAACUUCCACGCCGUCCUCCGCAUGCGUUCCUGGGACGAGAAAGCCAAAGACCCUGAGGCGCACACACCUGCCCUCGAGGAGUACGAGAAUUUGUGCUUGACCUACCUAAAGGAGGCGAUGAAGGCGUAAAUAUAUGAAAGAAAAGGU